AGAGAGCCAUGCGGGUUGCGGAGGCUGCGGAGGCUGCGGCUCUGCUCCCCUGGCUGUUGCUGGGCAUCUCGGGCAUCUUUCCGCUGGCUCUGUGCAGGCUGCCAGGAGACGCCUUGUUGACGGAGCUGGAGAGAAGGAACGAAAACCGCUUUCUAGAGAGAGAGAACACGGUGCCCCUCCGGCUCAUCUACCGCUCCGGCGGCGAGGACCAAACUCGCCAUGACGUGCUCACCACUCGGAUCCGGGGCGCCCCGGUUGGCGGCGGCACUGGCGGCGGGCAGUCUACUCAUGUUGACCAGGCGAGCUUCCAAGUUGAUGCAUUCGGAUCAACCUUCAUUCUAGAUGUCGUACUCAAUCAUGACUUGCUGUCUUCUGAAUACCUGGAGAGACACAUUGAGCAUGGAGGAAAGAUUGUGGAAGUUAAAAGCUGCUCAUCCUCCUUUCACCCAACUCUCCCCUAUGAUGCCAAGAAGCGGCAGCAGGUGCAGUGGCCAAAGCCCAGUCUCUGUAGUUUGAGAGUUAAGGCCCUCAAACCUGCUGGUUAUCAGUCUAUCACUGAAGCUGCUGCUGAGAUAAAAGACAAGUGCAGCUGCGGAAUGUUCUAUGAUGGGAACCAUACAUAUCUUAUCGAACCAGAAGAAAAUGACACCUCCCAGGAGGACUUCCAUUUUCAUUCAGUUUACAAAUCCAAACUGUUUGAAUUUCCCUUGGAUGACCUGCCAUCUGAAUUUCAACAAAUGAACAUCACUUCCCCAAAGUUCAUUGUGAAACCAAGACUAAGAAGGAGCAAAAGGCAGCUUCGUCGGCAUCCACGCAACGUAGAGGAAGAAACAAAAUAUGUUGAACUGAUGAUAGUGAAUGAUCACCUAAUGUUUAAAAAACAUCGGCUUUCAGUGAUGCAUACAAAUACCUACGCUAAAUCCGUGGUGAACAUGGCAGAUUUAAUCUAUAAGGAACAACUUAAGACAAGGAUAGUGUUGGUUGCCAUGGAAACCUGGGCAGCUGACAACAAGUUCACCAUAUCUGAAAAACCACUGACCACCCUACGUGAGUUCAUGAAAUAUCGGAAGGAUUUUAUCAAGGAGAAAAGUGAUGCCGUCCACCUUUUUUCGGGAAGCCGAUUUGAAAGUAGUCGAAGCGGGGCAGCUUAUAUUGGUGGGAUUUGCUCUCUGCUGAAAGGAGGAGGAGUGAAUGAAUUUGGGAAAACGGAUUUAAUGGCAGUCACUCUAGCCCAAUCAUUAGCAUAUAAUCUUGGUAUUUUCUCAGACAAAAGAAAAUUAGUAAGCGGUGAGUGUAAAUGUGAGGAUACAUGGUCUGGAUGCAUAAUGGGAGACACAGGCUAUUACCUCCCAAAAAAGUUCUCUCAGUGCAAUGUCGAUGAGUAUCAUGACUUCUUAAAUAAUGGAGGUGGCGCCUGCCUCUUCAAUAAACCAUCAAAGUUGCUAGAUCCUCCUGAAUGUGGUAAUGGCUUUAUUGAGACUGGAGAAGAAUGUGACUGUGGCACACUUGCGGAGUGUGCCCGGGAAGGAGCAGAUUGCUGUAGGAAAUGCACUUUGACAGAAGACUCCCAAUGCAGUGAUGGUCUUUGCUGUAAAAAGUGCAAGUUUCAGCCUAUGGGAACUGUAUGUCGGGAAGCAGUGAAUGACUGUGAUAUUCAGGAGACAUGUACAGGAAACUCCAGUCAGGUAAUUUUCAUGGGGUAAGCUUUCUCCAUAUCUGGAGGAAAAAAAUGGUGCCUGGGCAAGAGAGAGAGAGAGAGAGAGAGAGAGAAAGAUAACCUCUUUGUUUCAGAUGUGACAGCUUCUGAUAAAUACUGCUAUGAAAAACUGAACAUUGAGGGAACGGAAAAAGGCAACUGUGGAAGAGACAAAGACACUUGGAUUCAGUGUAACAAACAGGAUGUGCUUUGUGGUUAUCUCCUAUGCACCAACGUUGGUAACAUCCCAAGGCUUGGAGAACUAGAUGGGGAAAUCACGUCCUCUUUAGUCGUCCAGCAAGGAAGGACAUUGAACUGCAGUGGUGGUCAUGUUAAACUUGAAGAAGAGAUAGAUCUUGGCUAUGUUGAAGAUGGGACACCAUGUGGCCCUGAAAUGAUGUGCUUAGAGCGUAGGUGUCUCCCUACUGCCUCUUUCAACUUUAGCACCUGCUUGAGCAAAAAAGAAAAUGCCAUUUGUUCAGGACAUGGGGUUUGCAGUAAUGAAAUAAAAUGUGUUUGUAAUAAGCAUUGGAUUGGUGCAGACUGCAGUACCUAUUUACCAUACAAUGAUGGCUCAAAAUCAGAUAUAUCUCUGUCUGGCAAUGGUGUUGCUGGCACAAAUAUCAUAAUAGGGAUAAUUACUGGCACCAUUUUGGUGUUGGCUCUCAUAUUAGGAAUAGCUGCAUGGGGUUACAAAAAUUAUCGAGAACAGAGACAAUUACCCCAGGGAGAUUAUGUAAAAAAGCCUGGAGAUGCCGAUUCUUUUUAUAGCGACAUGCCUCCGGGAGUCAGCACAAACUCAGCAUCUAGUUCUAAGAAGAGGUCAAAUGGUCUCUCCCAUUCCUGGAGUGAGAGGAUUCCAGAUACAAAACAUAUUUCAGACAUCUGUGAAAAUGGAAGACCUCGAAGUAACUCAUGGCAGGGCAAUCUAGGAGGCAACAGAAAGAAAGUCAGAGGCAAAAGAUUUAGACCACGAUCUAAUUCAACUGAGAGGGAGCCCCAAGCAUCCAAGCCUGGGCACUCCCUCGACCAGCCAUUCCCAACCCAAGGCAUAAGCCCAGGGGUUUCCGACCCCCCUUUGACAGGGAGUCAGGACCACAGGACUUUGUCUCCUGCCAAGUCUCCUUCUUCCUCUACCGGAUCUAUUGCUUCCAGCAGGAAAUAUCCGUAUCCAAUGCCUCCGCUUCCCGAUGAGGAGAAGAAGGCGAACAGACAAAGUGCCAGGCUUUGGGAGACAUCCAUUUAA